AUGAUUGGACGUGGUCCAAACUCCUAUCUUAACGAUUCCCCAAUAGCGGAAGCACUAAUAAAUAGGAUAUCAGUUCCAUACGUCGUGUGCACUAUUCCACCGACUCCAAAUCCGACCUGUCCAUUCCCACAGCUUACUAUUAAUGGCUGGACAUAUCUCGUCGGGUGGACUGGAACAGUAUACACAAUCCCAGUGGACGCAAAUAACUUUACAUUUGUUGACCAAGGCUACUACGUACCACCGACAACUGGAGUCUAUACGUUUUGCAGUCUUGUUGAUAACGGCGCUUACCUAUUCUUUGGCGAUGGAAAUGCAUUCGAAUGUGAUACUGGUAUAGUCGAUCCGAAUUCAGUACCAAUCCUGGAACAAUACUAUACGUCUCAACCUACUGGUGGUUCCAUCAACCCACAGAAAUGUGUUACGAAGUCCUUAGUAGCUGGCUAUGCCUACCCCUUCCGCUUCGUUUUCGGCCAGUGGGGCGUAGGAGGUUAUUUCAACUACUUUACCGUUUCACUACCCGGCCAACCUGUGAUUAAUCCUGCCGACAAUACGCCUGAUAAUUUCACCGGCUACGCUUAUCCGCUCCUCUGUACUCCGCAGCCUCCCGAUAAGAUAGUAACAACAACAGUACCUGGAACCCGGGUCGGCACUUUAACAGUUACACCAGCAACAGACUGCACUCACCCCUGUACUACUAGUGUUAUCGUUACGGCACUCCCUACGGGGGCGUGUGUGCUUACUACGUUGCAACCCUCUUGCGCACCAGCCUCACCAUCUGGAUUUAAGUUAUACUAUUAUCCAAAUAGUCUCGAUACUAGUGCUAUUGGUUCCCAGAUCGGACGCGGUCCAAACGGCUAUCUUAACGAGACUGCGAUAGCAGAAGCGCUUACCAACAGGGUCUCAAUUGCAUUUAAUUCAGUUGGAUCACCAUUCAGCGUCCCAGUGAAUACAAAUAACUUUACAUUCGUUGACCAAGGCUACUACGUGCCACCGACAACUGGAGUAUAUACGUUCUGUAGCCUUGUUGAUAACGGCGCUUACUUAUUCCUUGGCGAUGGGAGUGCGUUCGAUUGUGAUACAGGUGUCAUCAAUCCGGCCUCAGUACCACUCCUAGAACAUUACUAUACGUCCGAAGCUAGUGGUGGUUCCAUUAACGGUCAGAAAUGUGUUAACAAGUCCUUGGUGGCUGACUAUGCCUACCCCUUCCGCUUCGUUUACGGCCAGUGGGGCGGAGGGUUUUUCAACUACUUUACCGUUUCACUACCAGGUCAACCUGUCAUUAAUCCUAGUGGCAAUACGCCUGAUGAUUUUACUGGCCGCGCCUAUCCGCUCCUCUGUGUUCCCGAUAAGAUAGUAACAACAACAGUACCUGGAACCCGGCUUGGCACUCAAACAGUUACACCCUUAGCAGGCUGCACUCACCCCUGUACCACUAGUGUUAUCGUUACGGCAAUCCCUACAGAGGCGUGUGUGCUCGCCACGUUGCAACCCUCUUGCGCACCCGCCUCACCAUCUGGAUUUAAGGCAUAUUACUAUCCAAAUGAUGUCGGCACUGGUGGUAUCGGAUCCAUGAUUGGGCGUGGUCCAAACUCCUAUCUUAACGAUUCCCCAAUAGCAGAAACACUCAUAAACAGGAUAUCUGUUCCAUACGUCGUGUGCACCAUUCCACCGACUCCAAAUCCGACCUGUCCAUUCCCACAGCUUACUAUUAAUAGCUGGACAUAUCUUGUCGGGUGGACUGGAACAGUAUAUACUAUCCCAGUGGACGCAAAUAACUUUACAUUCGUUGACCAAGGCUACUAUGUACCACCGACAACUGGAAUCUAUACGUUUUGUAGCCUUGUUGAUAACGGCGCUUACUUAUUCUUUGGCGAUGGGAAUGCUUUCGAAUGUAGUACAGGUAUAGUCAAUCCGGCUUCGAUACCAGUCCUGGAACAAUACUAUACGUCUCAACCUACUGGUGGUUCCAUUAACGGUCAGAAAUGUGUUACGAAGUACUUAGUUGCUGGCUUUGCCUACCCCUUCCGCUUCGUUUUCGGCCAGUGGGGCGUAGGAGGUUAUUUCAACUACUUUACCGUUUCACUACCAGGCCAACCUGUCAUUAAUCCCGCUGACAAUACGCCUGAUAAUUUUACUGGCUACGCUUAUCCGCUCCUUUGUGGUUAA